GAGGAUGGGAAGACGAGGCACGCGUUCUACAUACUGGCCCAGUAGGCCCUCAAGUUCGAGUGCUCCAGUGGCUGUGAGAUACGGGCAAACGUGAAGAAGAUGUUGGCCAAGGCUGAAUCCGAACUCAGCAACCGUCUAUUCUUUUGGUGUUAUGGGUGUUGUAUACAACGGUGUCCUCCUCAGGUGCUCACUGUUGUGGGUGACGACGGUGUUCUUCUUCGGCUACAACCAUACUGGCUUCAUCAAACACACCAUGCAGGUCAUCUGUCGAGCACCAGGAUGACAGACUUGGAGGAUUUCAGAACAUGUGCAGUAGUAUUGGCCGCAGAAAACACUAAAAUUUCAGAAGGCUACAAAACCCGUGGAAUGGCUAAUGCUUUCCUCCGCGUGUGGGAGGAAGCUGCUCGUGAUCUGCAUGCCGCGUCAAGCAUUGAGUAUGAUGAUGGUGGAGCACCGCUGGAGGUAUGGCAACUGUGGAAACUGAGGGAAGAAAGAAAGCUGAGCGUCACCGGCUUCAUCGUCGUGCCGACGCACACUGGUGAUUUUCGUAUUAAAGUUGCUACUCGCGGAGUCCCGGGUAGGAGCUUUCCAACCGUAAUUACGUUCAUGGUGGUGGACAGAGGACGUGCUGGCGGCCGAGCCUUGUGCAUUGUCCGGUGGUGGUAGGUAGCAUCUGGGACGCUGAGCCAGGGUGGCUUGUUGGUAAUUUUAUGCCGUACGAAAUCUUUAUGUUUUAUUGUUAAGUAGGAGAAGAAUACCGUGAUGUUUAGAGUAACAUGCUCAUUGCUGGACUGGAGACUCCAGUUUUGUGUCUACAUCAUUGCUGGUCGGUCUUCGGAAGCUUUGUUUUGGUUUUGAAAAAAAGAAGAGCCUGUGUGUUUUACAAUAUGUUGUAUCUGCAUGAAGCUCUUUUGAAAUAUGGUGUUAAGUACAUUGCUUGUUGGUAAUGUCAGGCUGUCCGUAAUCCUGAGCUUUUAUUGUUGGUAGGAGAAAAACAACCACGUGAUGUUUUACAGUAAUAAUUCCACAUGUGUAGUUGAAUUGGUGAGAAAGCUUGCUAGGAAACCGUGUAUGUCUGAGCGCUGCAAUGCUGAGACUGCAUUGGUCGUCUGGUGCAGGGGAUGGUGAGUCGCCGGCGAGGACGACAUGGCCUGGCUAUGAGCCGUGGCUCAUCUUUGGCUGAUUCAGUCGGGCGUCCUUGUCGGGUUGUGCUGCACUGGCUCUUGGUCUAUGUUUGGAAUCGUUGUAAUAUACUACUCCCUCUGUCUAUAAAAGGAAGUCUUAACUGUGCUAAAAUUUGAAUGUAUCUAAACCAACUGAGGACAAGGAGGCCAGGCCAUGUUGUUUGCCUAGCAGCUGCUUCCAUGUGAAAAAAAUGCUUCAUUUGUUGUAAUAUUCGUGUCGGGUUGGUAUCAUCGUAAUGCUCCAGUCCAGAAGCUAUGUGAAAAAAUGUGCUUGAGAG